CAGCAGUGAUGUGCUGGUGUUGUAUGAGCGUCGGUGUGCGGGGCGCAGGCCCGCCGGCCUCUGGGCGGCGCUGUGGCUUAUAGUCCCCUCCGUUCCCCGUGACGCCGCAGAAGAGGAGCGAGGAUGCAGCGAGACAAAAGCGGCGGCUCCGGCGGCGAUAAGCCGGACCGCGAGACCGCCAUCAUGUCCAAGUACUACGACGGAGUGGAGUUUCCGUUCUGCGACGAGUUCUCCAAGUACGAGAAGCUCGCCAAGAUCGGGCAGGGCACCUUCGGGGAGGUGUUCAAAGCCAAACACAGGCAGACGGGUAAGAAGGUGGCGCUGAAGAAGGUGCUGAUGGAAAAUGAGAAAGAAGGGUUCCCCAUCACGGCUCUGAGGGAGAUCAAGAUCCUCCAGCUGCUGAAGCACGAGAAUGUUGUGAACCUGAUCGAGAUCUGCAGAACAAAAGCCACCCAGUUUAACCGCUACAAGGGCAGCAUCUACCUCGUGUUUGAUUUCUGCGAGCACGAUCUGGCCGGGUUGCUUAGCAACGCCAACGUAAAGUUCACGCUGUCGGAGAUAAAGAAGGUCAUGCAGAUGCUCCUGAACGGCCUCUACUACAUCCACAGGAACAAGAUUCUGCACAGAGACAUGAAGGCGGCAAACGUUCUGAUCACGAGGGACGGCAUCCUGAAGCUGGCUGAUUUUGGGCUGGCCCGAGCCUUCAGCCUGGCUAAGAACAGCCAGGGGAACCGCUACACCAACCGCGUGGUCACCCUGUGGUACCGACCGCCGGAGCUGCUGCUAGGAGAACGUGAUUAUGGUCCUCCUAUUGACCUGUGGGGCGCCGGCUGUAUCAUGGCUGAGAUGUGGACCAGGAGCCCCAUCAUGCAGGGCAACACAGAGCAGCAUCAGUUGACGCUCAUCAGCCAGCUGUGUGGGUCCAUCACUGCAGAGGUGUGGCCAGGCGUGGAUAAGAAGUACGAGCUGUAUCAGAAGAUGGAGCUGCCGAAGGGUCAGAAGCGGAAGGUGAAGGACCGGCUGAAGGCGUACGUCAAGGACCCGUACGCGCUGGACCUCAUCGACAAGCUGCUGGUCCUGGACCCGGCGCAGAGGAUCGACAGCGACGACGCGCUCAACCACGACUUCUUCUGGUCCGACCCCAUGCCCUCCGACCUCAAGAACAUGCUCUCCACGCACAACACCUCCAUGUUCGAGUACCUGGCCCCGCCCAGGCGCCGAGGUCACAUGCCCCAGCAGCCAGCCAAUCAGAACAGGAACCCUGCCACCACCAGCCAACCGGAGUUCGACAGGGUGUUCUGAUUCAGUCACCAGAAGAACGAGACUUCUGACUGGAUCAGAGAGCAGGACCGACCGGGACCGGGACCGGGACCUGGACCGGGACUGGCCUCGUCCUCUAGAGAGAGAACAUGAUUUACAUGUAUUUACACUUAUUAUCGCUUCAUAGCGCUCAGUUGGUCUCAGGCAUAAAUUCUCUCGUUCACAACUCACGCAAGGGAGGUUCUGGAAACUACAGUUGAGCUCCUCCCAGAGAAGAUCAGACGUCCAGGAAGUGGACUACUGAUCUGUUUUGCCACGAAUGGAUAUCUUUUUUUUUAAUCUUUAUUUUUUGUUUUGGUCUGGGAUCAGGUCGGCUCUGUCUGCGCUGGGUUCGGUCCCCGUGUGCUCUCCUGGGCACAGUGGUUAGAUGGGAACGAAUGCCAUGGUAAAUAAGUCGGCAGAGAGAGGAAUCCAUAAAGAACUGAUUAUGAUGGUGGGGGGGGGGCGUAGACUUAUACUGAAAAGAAAUGACGAAAUCCGGAGUUUCAUUUAAAUUGUCCCGUCCAGGGACGACGUUUGGGGGGAUCCUGGUCUUGGAUUUAAUGACGGCUGAUGAUCGCAGAAGAAAAGGUGCAGGUUUUUCAGACGGCUCUCAGCUCUUUCCCUCAUCUGUACAUUUGAUUUUACUUUUUUAUGAAGAGUUUAUGUGAAAGGUGGACUGUUUGUUGGUUGAUGAAGUACUUGUGAGUAUAACACCAAUAAACUUCUCACGUUCGCUCAA